AUGUUAAAAAAAAUUAUUACCGGCGGACAAACUGGUGUUGAUCGAUCUGCUCUUGAUGUGGCUAUUGAACUGAAUUAUGAGUAUGGUGGAUGGUGUCCUCAUGGUAGAAAGGCAGAAGAUGGAAUAAUUGAUCCUAUUAAAUAUGCAAAUCUAGAAGAAACAUCGACAGAUCAUUAUCCGCAACGAACAGAAUUCAAUGUACGAGAUUCAGAUGGAACUCUGAUUAUUGUAGUCGGAGGUGAAGAUGCAAUGGAUCGUGGUUCAAAAUUGACAGUUGAUAUGACCAAGAAAUAUGAAAAACCUUUGUUUACUGUUAAUUUAAAUGAAGAAGACAAUAGUGCAAAUGAAAACAAAGUUAUUGAAUGGCUUUCGACGAAUAAAAUUGAGAUAUUAAACAUUGCUGGACCUCGAGAAGAAACACUGCCCGGAAUUUAUAAGAAAGCAGAAAUUUUUUUAAGAAAUUUGUUACUGAAAAUAAAGUCUUGA